GUUGCAGAAUCAAUGCUCUCAUGAAACAACGGCAGCUGGCUGUAGUAUUUUCAUUGAUUAAAGGCUGAUAUGGAUGAGAAGCUAGGAGCUCCAAACUUCGGGGGAUAUGACCAGAAAUGAAGAAGAUAUCAGAGUUCCGCUUCAAAAUGGAGAACGCGAUUCUCUUGUCGUCUGACUUCGAGCCUGCCAGAGGCGUGGGUUCCUAAAAUCAGCCUAGCUUAGAACUGCAAAUGAAGCCGGAUUCUUAUGUUACCAAAUAUGCAACGUACCUUUUUCACUUUCCCCCAUCGAUUUUACUUCCUUCGCUGGGACUGUAUGUCUUCUACAUCCACUCAUCCGGCUUCUGAAGACAGUCGAUAUUGGCGUUAUGCUCAACCAAGCGCAUCUUCCAGCUCACAUAACCCUAUACCCUGUGACGGCCUCAGCCAAUCAUCGCUUGUGGCGUCUAGGCAUUUAAACCAACCUAACGGCUACACAGAAGGCUUUGAUGUUAGCGUGAAUGUGAAACGAGCAUUUACGUUCGAAGAACUUCAAUCAGGUGCAUACUUCAAUUCUUUGGACGAAUCGGAUCUGCAAUUCUUUGGCAUGUACGGUCAACCUGUUCUUAUCCCGUGCCCCGAAGAUUCGGAUCAAGGGGGAUGGAGCUUGCAAGGCCAGACACACAUACAUCCAGCUGGCGAUUCCUCAUCGUGCACGACUACCACUCAGUAUGCUCCUCAUAGCAAUCUAUCUACGUUUCAGAUCUCGAAAUCAUAUACGCUAGUCGACUCUCUGGGACAGCUGUCCACUUCAACGUCUGCAAAGGCGCCCAGCAGCAGCGCACAAGGUACACGUGUUUCUGCUACGGCACCUGCUGCAGGGCAUAGUGGCGCGAUCCGCGUGAAACAUGAACCAGGUUUGAUACAGCAGUCCUUGUAUCCGUCAGACUUCCCGUCAUCGAGGCCCGUCCUGCAUCAUUCUCGACAACCGUAUGUGUACGAGGGGAGUCGUUUGACUCACGACAGUGAAGAUAUAAAACCAAACCGCUCAAUAUUGGAUGAGGAGCCGCCUAUGGAUCACUUGCCAUAUCCGCCGCCCGUUCAUUCGGUCUCGACUCACCAGUUCCAACCAUAUUCGCCUCCUCAGGAAGCAAUGACACAUUCUCCCUCUCCAUGCUCCCCUCAUAGUACAGCUUUCUUGGGCACUUCGCAUCAUGAUGCAUCGGAAGUCCCAGUCACUGUCCCUAGCCAGUCUUACAUGUUUGUUGAAGACUCGUCCACUCCAGCAUUCAUUCAUACAAGUCAACAACAUUACCACUCCCCAAAUGAAUCUUCUUCGCACACUCAUGACAGGAGGACGAGAUCCCCUUAUCAACGUUCACCGUCCCCGAGGGGCGCGUUACGUAUAACCCCGCCGCCGCAUCCCAAGAGAUCGAUGGAUAAGAAACCAGCGCUUGCGUGCCUAUUUUGUCGAGGGCGGAAAAUCGCGUGCGGCCCACCUGUCCCCGGUAGCAAAGACAGGACAUGCAAUCAGUGUGCUCGUAGGCAUUUGAAAUGCGAGUAUCCGCUAGAGUCGCGUCGGGGAAUGAGGAAGCGCCGGUCGCUGAUUCCCCGGGGAAGUGGCUCGCCGGUUCCCGAAACCAAUUCAGGGGGUCCCAAAGUGAUAAGGCCAGGUCGAAAACGAUCUAUAGACAAACGGCCAUAGUUCCCCCGCUCCCCGGACUGCUCUAGAGUCACUCCUUUGAAUAUUUAUUGUCAUUCCUUUGCAUUGCUCUUAGCAUCGCGUAUUGUGUUGUGUAAAUUACGCUCGUCAUCCUGCAAUUUCUGCAUGUUGUC